GUCCUGGACAGCUGCAGCCCGGCGUCGCUCAUCAAUCUUGCUGCCACUUGUCGCCUGUAUCGCGCCAUACUCAAGAAUAUCUUUGAAGAGUGCUGGGACAUCAACCGCCAUCUUGGGAGAUUCUUCUCUGACCCCCUUGCGUUCCGGAACCUCCAAGCUCGCACUGCGACCUUAAUAUCCGGCUCCAACGCUUUGCAGUUCUUCGACCGCAAAGUUUAUUCUGGCUCAGAUCUUGACCUGUACGUAUACAAGGAGCACUUAGACGAAGUGUGCAGGUGGGUCAUGGCGGAAGGUUAUGUCUUCGUCCCGAAGCACAGACAGGACCGUGACUUUGAGGUUGCAGUGAAUAAACAUCCCAGAACGGUUAGCGCUUACACAUUACUGUUGUUGACAUGCUUAAGACAGCUCUACAAUAUGCGUGGUAUCAAGAAUAUCAUCGAUUUGGAACACCCCCUGGAUGGCCGUAAAAUCCAGGUAAUGUCAGCGAAGAUGUCUCCGAUGGAGAUUGUCCUCUUCUUCCACUCUACCUGCGUCAUGAACGUGAUCAGCUUUGAAAAGGCGUACUCGCUGUAUCCGAGAGCCACGUUCGAGGAGCGUCGCUCCCUCAUCAUCCCCUGCUCAGGCCCAAGCCAAACACCGGCUCUGGAAAAGUAUGAUGCAAGAGGCUGGCACAUCCUCCCCGGUACACCCGAGUCGGAGCAGCUCGAUGAUCAUUCCGCCUUCUGCUCAAUCGAACGAUGGAUUGGCGACAAAUACACGUGGGUCAUCGACUUG